AUGGCCGGCGACAAGUACUCUGUUCUUCUGCCUACCUACAAUGAGCGCCGCAACCUCCCCAUUAUCGUCUGGUUGCUGAACAAGACCUUUACUGAGCACAACCUCGACUGGGAAGUCAUCAUUGUCGACGAUGGCUCGCCCGACGGCACUCAAGAGGUCGCCAAGCAGCUCGAGAAGGCGUACGGCUCCAACCACAUUCAACUGAGGGCGCGCGCGGGCAAGCUGGGCCUGGGCACGGCCUACGUCCACGGCCUGCAGUUCGCGAAGGGCAACUAUGUCAUCAUCAUGGACGCCGACUUCAGUCACCACCCCAAGUUCAUCGCCGAGAUGGUCAAGGUGCAGAAGGUACGCAACUACGACAUCGUCACCGGCACGCGCUACGCCGGCAAUGGCGGCGUCUUCGGUUGGGACCUCAAGCGCAAGUUUGUCAGUCGCGGCGCCAACCUCUUCGCCGACACCCUACUGCGCCCCGGCGUUAGCGAUCUCACCGGUAGCUUCAGGCUGUACAAGAAAGAGGUCCUGGCCAAGGUCAUCACCAGCACCGAGAGCAAGGGCUAUACUUUCCAGAUGGAGAUGAUGGUUAGGGCCAAGGCUAUGGGCUUCUCGGUCGCCGAGGUGCCCAUCACCUUCGUGGACCGUCUGUACGGAGAGAGCAAGCUGGGUGGUGAUGAGAUCGUCGAGUACGCCAAGGGUGUGCUUUCCCUCUGGCUUAAGGUCUAG